AUGGCCGCCUCCGACUACGACCGCGCGUACCGCCCCUACGCGGCCCCCGCCCCCGCCGGUGAGUACGACCGCCCCUACCGCAACGAGGUCGUCCCCUACGGCGACCGGCGCCUCGACAUCGUCGUCAAGCCGCCCGCCAGGUCGCCGCCGCCGCCGCUGCCGGUAUCCACCAGGAGCGGCGGCGGCGGAGGGGCGGGGUCGGCGUGGUGCUUCAGCGACCCGGAGAUGAAGAGGCGGCGGCGGGUGGCGAGCUACAAGGCCUACUCGGUGGAGGGCAAGGUGAAGGCGUCGUUCCGCAGGGGGUUCCGCUGGAUCAAGGCCAAGUGCUCCGAGCUCAUCCAUGGCUGGUACGGAUCACGCCUCUUCUUCCCCCUCCCCCUUUUAUCGGGUCCUCCGUUCUCCUUCUCUAUAUUCUCGGGCAUCUAA